AUGGAACAACUAAGCCAUUCUACUUUUGUUGCAGAUACUGCCAAGCCAUCCCAGGAGAGUCCUUCUAAUCCUAGUCUUAUUAUAGCUACCGACUCGACUGCAUCGCAUUCAGCUCCUUGUACUUCCGAGUCAAUAUCCUCAUCUAGACCAAAGCCAAAUGUUGAUACUUCCAAGCCUACCUCAGUAGAGCCUGCUGCUCCAUCUUGCAAAUUAGCAUGUGUUAUGGUGGGCCUACCUGCUCGUGGAAAGACCUAUAUUGCACGCAAAGUAGCCAGAUACCUUACUUGGUUGGGCCAUAGGUCUCGACUGUUCAAUGUGGGUGCAUACAGAAGAGAUGCUAUUGGCGUUGCUCAGCCCAGCUCAUUUUUUGAUCCUAGUAACGAGGACCAUUCUCGCAAACGAAUGGAGCUGGCUAUGGUUGCUCUUGAUGAUAUGCUAAACUGGCUAGAUGAUGAUACCACUAGCGACGGAGUUGAAACAACUGGUGAAUUCGCAUGUGUUGCCAUGUAUGAUGCAACAAACUCUACUAUUGAACGACGCAGUCUGAUCGCCCAACGAUGUCGUGAACGAGGCGUUGAUGUCAUGUUUGUUGAGAGUAUCUGUGAAGACGAGCAGUUGAUUAUGGCCAAUAUUCGCGAGGUCAAGAUCUCAUCCCCAGACUACAAAGACACUGACCCAAAGAAGGCCAUUGAGGAUUUUCAGCAUCGUAUCAAGUUUUACGAGCAAACCUAUGAAACUCUACAUCCAAGCGAACUCGACAACCGUAUUGCAUUUGCAAAACUCAUUAAUGUAGGAAAUCAAGUUAUUGUCAACAGGAUUCGAGGAUACAUUCAUUCUCGCAUUGUCUACUUUCUCAUGAAUUUGAAUACCACUCCAAGAUCGUUUUACUUUUCAAGACAUGGAGAAAGUAUGUUUAACGUUUCACAGCGGAUUGGGGGCGAUUCAGAUCUAUCAUGGAGAGGUGCACAGUUUGCAAAAAAACUUCCAGAUAUUAUUCAACAAAACUUGGGCAAGGAGACUCAGUUGACCAUUUGGACCUCGACACUUCGCAGAACACAACAAACUGCACAGCACCUCAAUUUUCCCAAGGUGCAAUGGAAGCAGCUUGAUGAGAUUGAUUCUGGACUGUGUGAUGGCUUGACUUAUGCAGAAAUAGAACUCAAAUACCCAGCCGAUUUUGCUGAGCGAGAUACUGACAAAUUCAACUAUCGCUAUCAUGGCGGAGAAUCUUAUCGCGAUCUUGUUCAUCGUUUAGAGCCAGUCAUUCUUGAAUUGGAACGACAUCAUGAGCCCAAUCAUUCCAUUUUGAUUAUUGGCCAUCAAGCUGUUCUUCGAUGCGUAUAUGCUUAUUUUCUUAAUAUUUCCCACGAGGAGCUACCUUAUAUUAAAGUGCCAUUGCACACGGUUGUAAAGCUGACACCCAAAGCAUAUGGGUGUGAGGAAGAGCGGUUUGCAUUGGAUAUUGCUGCAGUUGAUACUCACCGUGAACGACCAGCACGGUCAACGAUUGGUACGACUCCUGGAAGCGAUAAAUCCCAUGGGGAAAUGCCACCCACAUCGAGAUAG